CAUGUAUUUCACGUCCCUCACCUCCCCACCUUUCAUAUUAAUGAAAUCCACAUUCUGAUUUCUCACAGCACAGAGCAUGAGAAUGCCAAUGUUCAUAGUAAUGUCAACCGUCCAUUUCCAUUAGAAAAAGAAACAAAAACAACCCUCAUAUUCUUCCACCGCCACAACAACUCUCCCAAAUUCUCAUUCAUCUCCUCAAACUUUUCUUCUGAAACUCAAAUAUUUGGUCAACUCUUACUCUUGCCUUUAAUGGCACCCACGACACAGCCUCCAUUUUAAAUAAAACCCCUCUUCGUACCCUGUUUCAGUUUUAGUUUUAUUCUUCUAUAUGGUUUUUUCAAACUCAAAAAUAAUGAAAUUCGAAGACUUUCUAAUGGAGCCAACAGGAGAGCAUCAGCGCAAACUUGAUCUUGAGACUGAAGUUGUGAAGUUGCAGGCAGAAUUACAUGGCGAGCAAGAACUCAACAAGGCUCUGCAUUGGGCUCUCCAUGGCCCUCUCAUUUCCCAUCCCCAUGUUUCUUCCUCUUUACCACCUCAGGUGCAGCUGCUUAUGGAAGAAUUGGGGGUUGUGGAGAGAGAGAUUGAUAGGUUAGAAAAAAAGGUUGAAGAGCUGAAAUUGAACUUGUACAAAGAGAGGGAACAGAACAAGGAAUGGGAAAUUCAGCAGCGGCUUACAAGGCUUUGGCAACACAAUUUGCUGUUGAAUAAUGGACAUGAGAUUAAUAACAGGUCUGUGCUUAAUGGGCAGCGAUCCAGAUCCCAGCAUUUUGAUGAACUCAGAAAAGAUAUAAUGCUCACUGAGAGGAGAUUCUCUUCUAGUGCUGCUUCUGAUAUCCAAAUUAGCAUGUCUUCCACUGGUUCAAGGAAGAAUGCGGGGAGAAGCCGAAAACAGAGCCAAUUAGAGAAAGAAAGUUGCAUUCAGACACCAAAUGAGCUUUCAGAACAGUUGCUAAAGUGUCUCAUAGGCAUUUAUCUUGAUCUAAACCAGCCAUCACUCAACAGCCAAUCUUCACCAACUCUCCCAAAACAUGGCCUUUCCUGUAUCAACUCAAAGCGCUGCAUUGCAAAGACCAGCUUCAGUUGCAAAGCACCCCAACUCACCUUGUCUUUUGAUUACAGCUCAUCCAAUCCCAAUCCCAAUCCCAUUCCUUAUAGUAUUCUGCUUGACUCAGAAGGCAGUGUGAGGGACACUGGCCCUUAUAGAAACCUCAUCCACAUCACGAGAAUGUCUUUCGACAUCGGCAGGUUGCCCGCUUGCUCGACGUCAAUCAGAAAGUUGAGGAUUUUGAUUCAUAAGUUGAGCAGUGUGGACUUGACCUUUUUGACAUACAAACAGAAGUUAGCAUUCUGGAUAAACAUUUAUAACUCCUCUAUAAUGCAUGCAUUUCUCGAACACGGGCUGCCAUCGACGACAGAGAAACUCUUGGCUUUGAUGAACAAGGCGGCUCUUAAUGUUGGUGGGAUAGUUCUCAAUGCUCUGGCAAUUGAACAUUUCAUUCUUCGACAUCCAAGUCAAACAAAAUAUCCUGUGGAUGAGAAGGAAAUGCUGCUUCGACAUGCCUAUGGCUUAGGAUAUCCAGAACCAAACGUGACAUUCGCUCUCUGCCGAGGCAGUUGGUCAUCUCCUGCAUUAAGGGUGUAUACCCCAGAGGAAGUGGUGAAUGAGUUGGGAUUGGCAAAAGUGGAGUAUUUGGAAGCAUCAGUUGGGAUGACAAGCAAGAAGAAGAUAAUGGUGCCGAAGCUUCUUCAAUGGCACAUGAAAGACUUUGCAGACGACAUGGAAUCGCUGUUGGAGUGGAUUUAUAGCCAACUUCCUCGCUCCGCAAGCUUGAAGAGGUCAAUAAUGGAGUGUUUAAAUGGUGAAACUAAAUCUCCUAUCCAUAAAAUGGUGGAAAUCCAACCUUAUGAAUCUGAGUUUCGUUACUUGCUGUCCAUGUGAAAUCUAAAUUUGUAUGCAGAUGCGAGAGAGGAAUUUACUGAGCUAUAUAAUCUUCAUUUAUGUUGUAUCAAAUAAAAGAUCACCUCUUCCCAAAAUCUCAUUACAAUUUCUUCGAGGCUUUCCCUUUCCAGAUUCGGUAGAAAUUAUGCUGCCUCGUUAUGAAAUUUGAUUAUGAAGGCUGCUUCAAUUGCAGGUUUGAGCCAGAGUCUUUACUUUUAAGCAAAAGCCAAAAUCCAACUGAAACCAAAUUCUAACUUAAUGAUGUUUAAAUUUGAUUGUAAUUCAUAGAAUGAAAAAAAG